AUGGUAACCGGUAACAACACAUAUACUUCAGUAAGAAUUAUUAAUACAAACAAGUUUCUGCAGCUGUAUACUCCUUUGCAGCCUAAUAUACCAGUUUCCCUCAAAAUAUUGCAAAAAUUAUUUAUUGGUACUUUCCCCUCAAAAAUUACACUUUCGCCAACGAUGUACUCAUCCCCUCAAAUUUUCCAAAAUAACGAAAAAAUAGAAAAAUGA